AUGAAGCUGUUUGACGUGACAAAUGAAUUAGUUAAGUCUUUUAGACGAAUUCGAUCUGAAUUGAAUGAUCCAGCAUCAAUCAAUUUAAGACUGCGUAUUGUUGGUGCAAGGGACACAACAUCUCGACAAUAUGAACUUCCAACUGGUUCAGAAUUGGAGGGCUUGAAGAGGAUCACAAGUGUACACCCGAAGUUUGAUGCUUUGCAUUUUCCGGUUCUUUUCCCAUACGGAGAAGAUGGAUUCCAUGUAACCAUACCGUAUGACCCUGUUCAUACUCCCAAAACAUUGAAAAGGAAACAUGUGACUCAGAGAGAGUACUAUGCUUACCGGCUUCAGCACAGAGACGACGAAGGUCAGACAUUGAUGCGAGGUGGGAAGGCACUUCAACAUUACGUGGUUGAUGCAUAUUCCACAAUUGAACAAAACCGACUCUAUUAUUUACGAUCGCAUCAAGAAAACCUCCGUUCUGAACUAUACUAUGGAGAUGCUGUUGGCCAUGUUGUUCUGCCAUCAUCGCAUACUGGAAGUCCUAGGUACAUGAAGCAACUGUACUUAGAUGCAAUGGCUGUUGUCCACCAUCAUGGCAGCCCCGACCUAUUCAUAACCUUUACGUGCAACUCCCAGGGUUUGCCCCAUGUUCAUAUACUGUUAUGGUUGGAUGCAAAGAAUAAGCUACGACAAGCUUCUGAUAUUGAUGCAACUGUUAGUGCUGAACUGCCAGAUCCAUUACUAGAUCCAAUUGGGUAUGAUGCUGUGACAAAGUUCAUGCUGCAUGGUCCGUGUGGUCAAGAUAAUCCGACCAAUGUUUGCAUGAAAGAAGGAUCGUGUUCAAAGUAUUUUCCAAAACCGUUUAAUUCAGAAACUACAACGGACCAGUUUGGCUAUACAGUCUAUCGCCGUCGCGAUACAGGUAUAACAGCAGUGAAAGGUACAUCUAUACUAGACAAUCGGUUUAUCGUUCCAUAUAAUCGGAAUUUACUUGUGCUGUUUCAAGCUCAUAUCAAUGUCGAGGUCUGUCAUCAAGGCCGGUUGAUUAAAUAUUUGUUUAAGUACAUUACAAAAGGGCCUGAUAGGAAACAACGGCUGUCUCGAAUACUUGCCCGCGAUUCUGUUUCAGAAACAACAUUGACACAGUGGUUUAACCUUAACCAACGAGAUCCAACUGCAAGGGACCUACUUUAUGCCGAGACUCCGAAUCGUUAUAUAUGGAAUGUGAAAACAAAAAAAUGGGCUCCGCGGAAAAGAGGGUUCUCAAUUGGAAGAAUUGUCUAUAUCCAUCCAGGUUGUGGUGAUACAUUUUAUCUCAGGCAACUUCUUACCAAAGUUCGUGGGUCAGUUAGUUAUGCAGCUCUUCGGACAGUCCAUGGCUUCCCAUGUAGAACAUAUCAAGAUGCGUGCCAGCGCCUUGGUCUUUUGUCUAAUGAUGAUGAAUGGUUACUUGUGAUUAAAGAAGUCAGCCAAUGGGGCAUGUGCCGCUUGUUACGAACUAUUCUUGCGCAACUUAAAGAAGCUGGAAAAAUAGUUUUGGUUGUUGCUUCUUCAGGAAUUGCAGCAACAUUACUUCCUGAUGCAAGUACAGCUCACUCUCGGUUUAAAAUACCACUGGAAAUCGACCAUGGUUCUUCAUGUAAUAUCAAGAAAGGUACGCCAUUGGCUCAAUUGAUCAUUAAUGCAUCGCUUAUAAUAUGGGAUGAAGCCCCAAUGGUUCACAGAUUGUCUUUUGAGGCAGUAAACAGAGCUUUUUGUGAUAUUAUGGAUGUUCCGUUUGAUUUUAGUGGUGACAGUCUUCAUACAGAUGCAAGUGAUCCAGACCGACUCGAAGCUGAAUAUCCCACUGAAUUCCUUAAUUCCCUGUCCUUCAAUGGCUGCCCUGAACAUCAGAUUGAUCUCAAGGUAUUUGCUCCAAUUAUGCUGUUGAGGAAUCUAAACCCAUCAAUUGGUCUUUGUAAUGGUACACGCUUAAUGGUGCUCUAUUUGGGCCAUUAUGUGAUAAAAGGGAUGAUAAUGGGGGGUACAUUCAAUGGUAAGACUGUGGCAAUUCCGAGAAUUGUUCUUAGUGUCAAUGAUUAUCGUUGGCCAUUUGUUCUUAAGCGCCGGCAGUUUCCAGUACGAUUGUGCUAUGCCAUGACAAUCAACAAAAGCCAGGGCCAGACAUUGCAAAAUGUUGGUGUGUAUCUGCCGAAGCCAGUGUUCAGCCAUGGCCAACUUUAUGUCGCUGUUUCUAGAGUUAGAACACCAGAUGGACUUAGGUUCCUUAUUCUGAAUGAAGAUGGCGUGCCUUCCAACUGUACCCGAAAUAUUGUUUACCAGGAGGCAUUCGUUGACCUUCAUCAAAUUGAUUCAGAUUUCUCAUACAGCCAUAAAUAG